CAGUUCAGUUUCUUCCAUGUGAAUAUCGGACACUGUCCUCAGCAAUUUACAAUUACAAAGUAGAGAAGGUUAAUGCGCACCGCUUAGAGAGAAAUUUGUCGACUUAAAUUGUACCCGGUUGGUUUUACGUCUUGCAAUCGACCGAUUAAUUCCCAAUGGAUUUGUAUAUAUUUAAAACUUAUUUUUAGCCCGUGCAAUUUUGUUGCAUUGGGGGGCUGUAUACAAAAGCAACGCAAACUCUUGUUGCUGUGGACAUCGAAGGCCUUGGGUCAUUUGGCUCGUUGUGUUGUACGGAUCAUAUUUUUAAAUGUUCGCAAAGGAAAAGGAGAAAAUCUGGUGUGUUUCUUUUUAAUUAAAGGAAUAUGUUUGCUUCCUGGCUGACUUUUGCACUUCUUCUGGGAACUUUUUGUGCAGGACCAAGCCAUGGAGAAGUGGACACACGGGAGUGCUUGUUCUAUAACGUCAACUAUGAGAUUGAGAAGACCAAUCAGAGUGGGGUAGAGCGCUGUGAGGGUGAGAAGGACAAGCGCUCGCACUGCUACGCCUCAUGGCGCAACAACUCUGGUACCAUCGAGCUGGUGAAGAAGGGCUGCUGGCUGGAUGACUUCAACUGCUAUGACAGGCAAGAGUGUGUGGCAACGGAGGAGAACCCUCAGGUGUUCUUUUGUUGCUGCGAGGGGAACUUCUGCAACGAACGGUUUACCCAUCUACCUGAGGUCAACGGACCGAUGAUCAAGGCCCCUCCCCCCACCCCCACGCUGCUCAGCGUGCUGGUCUACUCCCUGCUGCCCGUCACCAUGUUGUCCAUGGCCCUGCUGCUGGCCUUCUGGAUGUACCGCCACCGCAAGCCGCCCUAUGGCCACGUGGACGUCAACGAGGAACCAGGCCUUGUGCCCCCUCCCUCCCCGUUGGUAGGGCUCAAACCCCUACAGCUGCUGGAGAUCAAGGCCAGGGGCCGCUUUGGCUGCGUGUGGAAGGCCCAGAUGAUGAAUGAAUACGUUGCUGUCAAGAUCUUCCCCAUUCAAGACAAACAGUCCUGGACCAACGAGCGAGACGUGUUCCUUACGCCAGGGAUGAAGCAUGAGAACCUGCUGCGGUACAUUGCCGCCGAAAAACGUGGGACGAACCUAGAGAUGGAGCUGUGGCUCAUCUCUGAGUUCCAUGAGAGGGGUUCCCUGACAGACUAUUUGAAAGGGAAUGUCAUCAGCUGGAUUGAGCUGUGUCACAUCGCUGAGACCAUGGCCUGUGGGCUGGCAUAUCUUCAUGAGGAUGUGCCCCGCUAUAAAGGGGAAGGGCCCAAGCCAGCCAUUGCUCACAGGGACUUCAAAAGUAAGAACGUGAUGCUUCGGACGGACCUGACAGCCAUUAUCGGAGACUUCGGUCUGGCGGUGCGGUUUGAGCCGGGCAAGCCGCCGGGGGACACUCACGGCCAGGUGGGUACCAGGCGCUACAUGGCACCAGAGGUCCUGGAAGGGGCCAUCAACUUCCAGCGGGACGCCUUUCUCAGGAUAGACAUGUACGCCAUGGGACUGGUGCUGUGGGAGCUGGUGUCACGCUGCAAGGCGGCUGACGGCCCGGUGGAUGAGUACAUGCUGCCGUUCGAGGAGGAGAUCGGCCAGCACCCGUCCCUGGAGGACCUGCAGGAGGUGGUGGUCCACAAAAAGAUGAGGCCGGUCUUCAAGGACUGCUGGCUCAAACACCCUGGCCUGGAGGCGAUGUGUGAAACGAUAGAGGAGUGCUGGGACCACGAUGCGGAGGCGCGCCUUUCGGCCGGUUGCGUGGAGGAGCGCAUCUCUCAGAUUCGCCGGCUGACCAGCCCCCCUACCUCGGACUGCCUGGUCUCCAUGGUGACCUCUGUCACCAAUGUGGACUUGCCACCCAAAGAGUCCAGUAUCUAGUUCCCAACCCUCCACUUCCACUGCCCCCCCCCCCCCCCCACCUCCAACCCACUAAAACGCAUUGACGGCAAGCAAGCGAAACCACGCUUUUCUUCUCCUUCAGCCUCAGCGGAUCUCAGAAAAACCCACAUGAAUGCAGCUGCUAUUUUAUCCUGACAUUUCUUAUUAUUACUGUUGUUAUUUUCUUUCUGAUUGGAUCAAAAUUACCAGCACACUUCUUCUGUACUGUUUGCUUUUCUUUUAUCAGGAGUUUAUGGACAUCUUAAAGCGCAUUCAGGUGCCGACUUAUGAAUGCUGACAAGGUGCAGGUACCUCAACCGUUCUCAGCUCUCAGUCGAUUAUUUUGGUUUAGUUUAUUCCUCUUUUUCUGUCUCCUGGACAGGAUUGCCUGUGACAAAACCAACAAACCAUUUAACCAUCUACCAAGUUGAACAAUACAACAAUGCUGCAAAAACCUUGUAGGAACAUUGAGACUGUUACACAACUAACCUUCCUCAAGGAAUUUUAGUUUUCUGAAAACUUUUACUUUCCGACAUUGUGUGCUAUACAAACCUUUGGAACUAACGGGUGUCUCCAGAACACAAGAAAAAGUGUAGGAUAACUGGACUUUUUUUUUUCUUUUUUUUUUUGCUGUGUUCAGACUGGUGUCUGGAUGGGGUCAACAAAAAAAAAAUAUGAGUGGAUGUUGAAAAGAUAAUGGCCUGCAUUCAGAGAUUGGACUUCAUAGGAUCUGGAUAGUGUAUUUGGUAUGGUAUAGAACUACUUCUCAGGUAACCAUUUUCAAGGGGGCAGGAGAUGCUGAUUUGAGGUGAUAUCGCAAUGUGUCCCAUAAAGUUGGGCGAGAAACAGAAUCGGCGUAAUUGACGUGUCGGCUGGGGAGAACUAUGGCGGGGGUGCUUUUCUGACACAGUUCAGAGCAUUUUUUGCUGAGAUCACAGUGGCGCCUCAUCAUGGAAUGUGCCCAAACAACCACAAAAACACUAAACUACAAGAAACAAAAUAGGUGACCGUGGUGAAGAUAUGCAUGAACCUGAGAUUGAGCGUGUGUGACUGUUUGUGCGUGUGUGUGUGUGCGUGCAUGGUGAUGAGAAAUGGCGAUUAAGAUCGUGAAAAAAGUUUCAGCCGAAAACAACUGAGGUUUAGGUUAAAUGUUUUUCUUUUCUUUUUUGAUGUUGUCUUUCUGUUCUGUUUUUCUUUUUAUUUCAGUGAGUAUAUUGGACAUUGGGAGCUAAGGACCUAGACUCUAUCCACAAGGCCCCGUCUUAGGCCUCAGCAAAGGUUUAGAUUCUUCACUGCUGGCGAGCUGGAGGGCAUAGUACAGUUGAAGCAUCACAGCCUGGUUCCUAUGUGUUUACCUCUUUCUCACAGGGACCAAACAUAGAGUUUUGACCGGUUAGGUCCUGCAUUGUUGAAAGGUUGCUGACAGUGCGCUGAACAUAACUAUUGGUUACACUUUCUUGUUCAUUAGAAGAAAAAAUUUAAAACAUACAAGGUCCUUUUUUUGUCUUAAAAGGCUGCGUUUACAUGGGUAACCCUUUUCUGAAAUUGACUCUAAUUGGCCUUUUGACCGAUCACAUCAGGUCAUGUCGACGCUUGACCGUUAGGCAAUUUUUUUUGUUCAUUGAAUUCCAAGGAAUUUCAAACCCAUUUGUCCUGACCUGGAUUUACAGAGAAUUUUUUAAUGCCUGUAAGUAUUCAUAAAAAAUUAUAAAAGGAAAAUUGAAUAACAGCAAUUUAUUACCUACUAGCUAAUAACUUGCUAGCUACCACCUGUAGCCAGUCAAGAAGCUAGCAAAGAUGAAUAGACUGCAACGUGUGUAACAAUCCAUGUAACUAGCUAAACGGAAUCAAUGGAAAAAAAAAACUUUCUCUCACACCAGUAAAGCGUCUCCACAAACUUUUAUGAUCAAAAGCGCCCAAAAUACAGGUUUUACCUGUGGAUAGAGUGCUAAUGGCGUUUUCCGCUAUUUGCACUUUCAGUAGCCGGAUUGCCCCUAGUCUGAGAAGAAGUCCAUUCCCAAUGCAUCUCUGACCAUCUCCUGAAGUGGUCAGACGGAUCUGAAUACACUCAGUCCUCAAUGUGACUUUUUGUCUAGACCUAUGUUUUUAGAGAUAUAUUUGCUUAGCAUUUUGUAUAUAUAUUUUUUUUCAUAAAGAAUGUGGGAAAAGAAGAGAGUAGGGGGCCAGAUUUAAACUAUUCUGCAGCAGAACGUGUUGACAGGAGGCUACGGCUUAAAACCCUUGACACGCCCUGGGCCACCUGACGUGUAUUUUUAAUGCAAUCUUUGUGUCCUGAUAGCAGAAGUCACAUGUAUGUGUCAACACGUCUGGUGCUUUUCUCACAUCACGUUUUUCAGAACUAAUCUGAUUGGCCAGAUCGAUUAGUGGUUAAACAAUAUCAGAAUGGGCUUGCCUGUGUUAACGCAGCCAAAGUGGCACACAAGAAAUCACAUUUCCUUAUGCCAUAAUGUAACAGUGAAUGUCCACAAUGCUGCUGUUUCAACUCAAAGAUGAAUAUAUUUCUGUAUAUUCCUUUAUUUCUGUGCACAAGACAAGAGCAAAAGUAAGUUGGUAUAGAUGACAAGGCUUCCGAUUUGAAAGAGAACAACAUAAACAAUAACAUUGAGUAGAGAGAGAACAUAAAACAAAAAUGCUUAAAAAAACUAUUGUUCAUGAACCACAGACCACCUCAAACCAGAAAUACCUCAGAUUUUUCUACGUGUAUGAGUUCUGUUAUAUAUUUUGUUAGUUGUGUUGACUUAUAGUAAGUAUAUUUUAAUGUGAGUUUUGCGGGGGACUUUAUUAUAUGGGAGUUUUGGAAGAUAAAAUGUCCAAAAGAAGUGCUACCACGUCAUGUUAUGUAAAUGAAAGAAUAUCGUGUAAAUAGCUGUAUACAGUUGUAGAAUUAUGCCUAUGACAACUGGGCAUUAUUCAUUAUUUGAGCUGGCUUUUGCCUCAACUCUUCGUUUCCUAUCUGUUACCUAAAGGGACAUUGAACCUUGCAUUUUGGUUCCUCCCCUCAAAAAAAACAAAAACAAAUAUCAACAAACCACAAGUCAAUGUGUAAUAGUUUUGCAUAUCCCAUGAUAUAUUGUGGGUUUGACAUUGCUUUUAAAAUGUAUUUUAAUGACUCAUCCCAUUCCGUAAAUGGUAUUUAUACGGAAGUACCAACAGAUAUCAUAGAAAUUCCUUAAACAAGCAGCGCAUCUCCUAGAUAGACUCAAACAAUUUAUAGCAUCUAACCUUUUGAAGCAUAAAGUAAUAUUUUUGUUAAAUUGCUUUCCGAUUGAUGAUUGAUUUAAUUGGGGGAAUGGUUUAGUGUCUCUAGAUUCUCCUGCCCUUCCUCUCCUUUCCGCACACAUUGGUUGACAUGAGGCAGAGUGGCUUCUGCUCCUUAGAAAAAUGCUACACCCUACUGACGAGACAUGUUCUUUUUCAUGUUGCCAUGUGUUUUUUUUUUUUUUAUGAGGUACUGCAUCUCUUAGCAGUGUUCCACAUGUGGGUAUGUGUGUAAGUGGGACCAUGUGGACAGAGGUAUUCAGGGUGUUUUCGGAGAUACCCAUGGUUAAAAGCAAGAGACUCAUGACUACAGUUACUUGUUGUUUUGAACCCCAGUGUUUGAUAUGAGCCCUGUGAAUCUUUGAAAUCUUAGAAAUUAUGAAAAAAGCCUCUUUCAUAUUGGCCAAGACGGCAAGAAAAUAAAGAAGAAACCCUUGCUCUGUCAAGCACGCCCGUUUAGUGCUUAGGUUUCUCUGAAUUAAUUCACCAUUUUAUCAUAUGUUUUAAGCAAAUCCGGGUCAUGUUUUUGUCAAAUGAUCAGGUUGAUAUUCAAUGUCCAUCUUUUCAGGAAGCUUAUGGCUCAUUGGUUUACAGGAUUUUUGCUAAAUGUAUCAAUAUAAAAAAAUUGCUCGUUUGGAUAUAAAAUGUAGCAAGCAAUAUCUACAGCAAUAGUCAAAUGGAUUAUUUCUUAUAUGAAUUAAUGAACUCAUAGGUACUGUAGUAGGCUCUUGAGCUAGAGACCAACCAAACAUAAUCUUUAAGAUGUGCUGUUGUCAAGAGGAUAGUUAAUGGGUUUGUGGAUCCCAAGUCGUUGUUUUGGGCGUAGUGCUUGUUGAGUUACGGAAGAACAUGUAGCCAAAUUGCUUUAACCGAUGUCUGCAAAAAGUGAAACCAAAGUUUCAGUUUUUUUGUGUUGUAAUGAGUCCUCACUCAAACUUGGCUGGGUAACAUUUCUAACAGCUCAGACAAAAUAUUGUUCUGCCCUUUGGACCCUUUAAAUGAAUAUUACAUUUUUGACCGUUCGUUGACCUGCUUUAAAACAAAUGUUCCUCUUUUAAUUGUUUUAGUGAAUUCAUUUGAGAAGGAAGGAGAGUUCAUGAUGGACUAAGGUCUGCGAAAAGAGUUGUUAGACUUCAAAAUGUACAUUUCUGCAAUUUCUAUCCAAAUAGUGUCCUCAAAGCACUCUAAGCAUUACAUAUGCUGUGUGUAGUUAGAUUUAAUUUUUUACAUUUUUUAUGGUCAGUGUUAAAGUUAAUUAAGCAUUACCAAUCAGUGGUUUUGGAAUUUUCGCUAUGACGGGAGAGGCAAGUAUUACUCUGGUCUUUCAUCAUUGUCUGGGAUUUUACUCUAGUGCCAUUUUAAUGAAUCUGCGUCUUUCUAGUUGAGCGUUUUAUCUGAGAGCUUAGGACCAGGAAGAGAUGGGAGGGAUGGGAGCCGGACUGGUCUUUCCAAAUUAAUAUUUUAGCUUUAGUGCAUGGUAAAUUAGGUAAAAUCAAUUGUAUAUUUUUACCAGUACUCACAUUGGGGUUCAUAAUGACAAAUCUGGAAGUCUUGGAAUAUAAACAGCAUGUAAUAUCAGUAACAUUGCUAUCCCGGAGUGAAUACCCGAGGUCUUCUGAUAUCGUGCCUUUAUUUUCCUCAUUAUUGCUUAAGCCACUGCUGCAUUGCCACUCGCUUUAUGUUAUCAGUACCUGACAAAAAUGAUAUAAAUAUAUAUAUAUAUCAUUUUUAUCAUAUAUAUAUAUUAAACUCUUAAAAAGCGACCAGCUGUAAUUCUGGAUGCAGUCUUAGAUCCAGGCUUUUCAGGAACCAAUUACCUCAGACCUCAUGUGAAACAGUGUUGCUAGCUGGAUAGUCAUCAAUGCUACAGAAAAAUGAUGUACACUUUCGUCAUACCAACAAGAAACCUCGUUUGUACUGGUGUAACAUGUAUGAUGAACCCCUUGACAAUGUGAAAAAAAACGUUUCCUUGCCGCUAACCCCCCAUCCCACCUCAAUUCAGCAAAGAAAUUGUAUUGUAUGGAAAAACAUUUUCAAGUGCUUCCUCCGUUACUUUCCCCGCUAAUAUUGUUAGUGUACACUGGUUUGACAGCUAAAUAUUUCAUCUGGCUUUAUUGAAACAUUGUUUCUGGUGAUGGCUACUGACUGAGGAUUUCUUAAUUUGUUGCAACUUUCCGUUGGCUGUUAUGUUAAGCAAAAAUGCCCUUACCACGCUAAUAACCAUUUACCCUUAGACUGGUUAUCAAUCCCUCAUAUAUUCUUAUUUUUAUAGUUCCCAACUAUUUAUGAGCAUAUUUUUGUGUUUCUACCUUAUUUACUGUGCACAGGGAGACUGUCUGAAGCCAUUUGAAGAUUUUCCCAGAGAUCAGUGUUCAGGUCUGGUGUCAAACAGCAGCAGCAGGGAGCUAUGAGGCCAAGCAUUCAACUUCCUCCUUAAAGUAUUACGAUAGUCCCCAGUAGGGGAGAACUACUGAUUCUGAAUGCCAAUUGCUACAUGCUAAAAACUUCCAAAAUGUAUUUGUAGCUUCAAGGUUAGUGAAGCUUGUGCUGUGCCUCAAAACGCCACUAUUCCAUACAGUGCCUGUUUCUUUAACUUCAUUAAAACAAGGUGGGAUUUUUUGGUUGGUAGAACAUAACGCAUAAUGCCCCCCCCCAGCUCUUUUGUGGCUCCUCUACAUUGGAGGUAUUCAACCAAUCGAAACAAAAAAUAUAUUUAUUCCACCACCAGGAUUGAUUCACUGUUUUUUCUCCUAGAACCACCAAAAGAAGGGUGCAGGAUUCGGCAAAUGGAUCAGGGGGUGUUCUUUAUUGUUUUGUCAAGGGGUCUUAUUUAAAAGUUAUAUUUCUAGACCAGGAUACGUAUGUGAAAUGUAAAUGUUGUACGUUAAGUUUCACUAUUGUAGCUAAAUUGUAGAGCAGAGAUGGCUUGUACUACUGAUUUUAACAUAAAUAUACUAAAAACAAUCUGUAUAAGACAAAAUGUAUACAGAGAUUUGAGCUUGUUGCUGUAACCCCUCUUUUGGAUUGAAGAGUAUGUUUAAAAGUUUUAUAUACGAAAUGCCCUGGAAAAAUCCAACAUCCAUUGUAUUGCUGUAAUGACAUGAGGACUUUUUGAACGAUCAUUGUAACAUAGUUCUUUAAUUUGCAGUGGAUCAUUGUUCCUUUUUACUGUGGUAAUUUUAGAACUCAGUAUCCAGAGUUUGAAAUAGAUUUGCCUAGUUUUUUUGGGGUGUGGCUGUUUCUUGCUUUGCACUUGGUGCCAGAAUAAACCAGUAUGAAUGUAGUAUUUGCCCAGUGUGAAACAACAACACCCUGACUGUUAGAGGGAAAAAACUAGAAAGGAUUAUUUCAAUUUUAUCUUUUUGUAUAUGAAAGUAAACAAUAAAAACUGUUUAAAUAUU